AUGUUUUACUUUCACUGUCCUCCACAACUGGAAGGGGAAUGUUGCAGAACUAAUACAUUGAACUCAAACGGAUUUGGGAAUCAUGCCUCUGGAGACUUUGAUGACGGGUUUCUCAGGAGGAAACAACGCAGAAACAGAACCACCUUCACCCUACAACAGUUAGAAGCACUUGAAGCUGUUUUUGCCCAAACCCAUUACCCAGACGUGUUUACAAGAGAAGAACUGGCUAUGAAGAUUAAUCUGACAGAAGCCCGUGUUCAGGUGUGGUUUCAGAACCGAAGAGCAAAGUGGAGGAAGACAGAGCGAGGCAGCUCAGAUCAGGAUGGCGGUAAGGAGCAAAUGAGUGAAGGCACUCCUGCUAGAAACCUUAACCAGUCUCCUGUGGAACAAAACAGAAACAAAAAAGAACUUCUGGACGCACAGCAGAAUAUUAACAGAGCAGUUGGUCCUGGAGGGCCUUUUUUCCCAUCAUGUUUACCCGGGACUCUUCUAAACACUGCGACCUAUGCCCAAGCUUUGUCACAGGUGGCAACUUUAAAAGCAGGAAACCCACUGUGCUCAUGCUGUGUGCCUGACCCUAUGGGCCUGUCCUUCCUCCCUCCUUACGGCUGCCAGAGUAAUCGGACAGCAAGCGUGGCAGCUCUGCGCAUGAAGGCCAGGGAACACUCUGAGGCUCUGCUCCAGUCAGCCAAUCUACUCGGGGCAAUACCAGCACCAGGGGCAGUAACUGCUGUUAGCCUGGGUCAAAUCACCAAUGCAGCGGGAGGGGGAGACACCAGCUCUGGCCCUGCUUCCUCAAAGCUUCCAGCUCAGGGAACCACCCCCGACAAGCAGCUGCACUGCUCAAAGGAGAGCCCGGAUAAGAAAUGAGGGGCAUUUUUUCCCCUGGACAUGAGGAUUUACAAUUUCCUAAUGAACGCCUGCUCCAAUCUUCUUGAGAUGCGGUGAAAAGAACAGGACAAGGUGUUCAGUGUAUUCUACUCUUGUAUUAUAAUUUGAGUGUGGGUGCAUCGAGCUAUUUAUUCAAUUGUUAUUUAUCUAUCAUUGUUACAUUUUACCCAUUAUUAUGAAUGAUAUAUUGCCCAUAUACUUUUUUUUCGGCACUAUAACUGGUGUUGGUGGUGAACAGACUGUGUGUGGGAAGAAUUUACCCUGGCUGCCAAUGUGAAUUCAUAUAUUUUAUAAAUCUAGACCACUUUGAUGUAAGAUGCCUGUAUACUGUGAAGUCAGGUGAUGUGAGAAAUUGCAUU